UCCAUGGCCAUGGCAUUUCGCCUCAUUAUACUCGCACUAGUACCGCUGCUGGCGACCGUGCUCGCUGCUCCUUCCCUUCCUAGCAGCAAUGACACUGACCUCGACGCGCUGCUUGCGUUCAAGGCGCAGCUGUCCGACCCACUCGGCGUCCUCCGCAACAGUUGGGCUACCAAUGUGUCCUUCUGCCGCUGGGUAGGCGUGUCAUGCGGCCGGCGCCAAAGCCAUCGCGUCACCGCCCUGGAGUUGCCGGGCGUGCCCCUCCAUGGUCAGCUCGCCCCUCACCUUGGAAACCUCUCCUUCCUCUCUGUUCUCAACCUCACCAGCUCCAACCUCGUCGGCUCAAUCCCCGCCGACCUCGGCCGGCUGCGUCGCCUUAGGCGGCUCAAUCUUGCACACAACAACUUGUCUCACUCCAUUCCAUCGACCUUUGGGAACCUUACAGGUCUCCAAGUUCUUGAUGUGAGCGGCAACAUGCUGUCUGGUCAAAUCCCAACGGAGAUGCAAGGAUUGCGCAACCUUGCCUACAUAGCUCUGCAUGCCAACUACUUGAGUGGUCAUCAGAUACCAACUCAUCUGUUCAACAACACACCUCUACUAAGCUAUGUCUCCUUUGGGAACAACAGUCUGUCUGGGUCGAUACCUGACAGCGUCGGCUCCUUGCCCAUGCUUGACUUCCUUGGCCUGCAGCGAAACCAGCUCUCUGGACCAGUUCCCUCGGCCAUUUUCAAUAUGUCUAGACUUAGGAUGCUGUAUAUGGCCAGUAACAAUCUGACUGGCCCUGUUCCUGGCAGCAAUGGUAGCCUUAGUCUCCCCAUGUUGCAAGUAAUAUCCCUCUCUCAGAACUACUUCACAGGUCCGAUUCCUUCAGGCCUUGCUUCGUGCAAGAACAUCAGGAUCAUCUCUCUAUCUCAGAAUUUCUUUACGGGUCCUGUGCCGGCAUGGCUGGGUGAGCUGCCAUUCCUUUCCGGCCUUUUAGCUGGGGGGAACGAACUUGUUGGGCAAAUCCCUCGUGUUCUUGGGAAUCUUACCAUGCUCACCAGGCUUGACCUCUCAUUCUGCAAGCUCAAUGGAGAGAUCCCGAUUGAAUUGAGCAAGUUGAGGCAGCUCAAUAUUUUGGAGCUUUCAUCUAAUGGACUCACAGGUUCUUUUCCUACUUUUCUUGGCAACUUGACAUCAUUAACCGCAAUAGGGUUGGCCCUCAAUCUACUGACCGGGUCAGUACCAGCAACACUUGGGAACAUGAGAUCACUACAACUCCUCGAUCUUGGAUCAAACCGCUUCCAAGGGGAGCUUGGCUUCUUGGAUGGUCUCUCGAAUUGCAGGGAGCUCCGUCUCAUAAAUUUGCAGGUGAAUGAUUUCAGUGGAGGCCUUCCUGACUAUACUGGAAACCUCUCCAAGAAGCUUGUGAGUUUUGAUGCAACUGGCAACAAGUUGACAGGAGGAAUUCCAUCGACAAUAUCAAAUCUAAGUGGUGUCAGCUCGUUGAUCCUUAUGAACAACCAACUAAGCCAGUCGAUCCCAGAAUCCAUCACGACUAUGGAGAACCUUGAGAGAAUUGACAUCUCAGGGAAUAGCUUUGUUGGUCCCAUCCCGGCGCGAAUUGGUAUGCUCAAGAGACUGGUACAAUUAUUUCUCUACAACAACAAAUUCUCUGGUUCUAUACCAGAUGGCCUUGGUAAUCUCACUUUGUUGGAAUACAUUUCCUUGUCUUAUAACAAUCUGUCCCAUAACUCUCUGACUGGUGCAUUGCCUUUUGAUCUCGGCCACAUGAAACAGAUUAACAAAAUAGAUCUCUCCAACAACAACUUGGUUGGCAGCCUUCCAGAUUCCUUUGGACAGCUCCGGAUGCUAACUUACCUAAGCCUGUCUCACAACUCAUUUCAAAAUUCUAUUCCAUACAGUUUUCACAAUUUAAUUAGCUUAGGAACACUGGACCUAUCUUCCAACAACUUCUCGGGUACCAUCCCAAAGUACUUGACAAACUUAACCUACCUCACAAGCCUGAACCUGUCCUUCAAUGAGCUACAAGGUUCAAUACCAGAUGAAGGUGUUUUCAGAAACAUCACCUUGCAAUCUCUGAUAGGAAACUUUGGUCUGUGCGGUGCUCCCCGUUUAGGGUUUUUGCCAUGCCUGGAUACCUCUCACUCUGAUAAUAAUGGACAUUUACUAAAGUUCUUACUACCUUCUUUUGCUUUAACAUUAGCGGCUAUAGCUAUUUGCUUAUACCUGCUGAUAAGAAGGAACAGUCUGAAGCAGGGAGAGGUAACGCCUGCUGCUGAUGGAGUUGAUCCAAUCAGCCAUAGGUUAGUGUCCUACCAUGAGGUUGCUCGUGCCACUGAAAAUUUCAAUGAGGACAACCUACUUGGAGUUGGAAGUUUCGGAAAAGUUUUCAAGGGCCAACUGGACGAUGGUUUGGUGGUGGCGAUAAAAGUGCUCAACAUGCAACUUGAGCAGGCCGUCAGGAGCUUUGAUGCUGAAUGUCAAGUGUUGCGGAUGGCCCGGCAUCGCAACUUGAUACGGAUAUUGAAUACCUGUUCCAACUUGGAUUUUAGAGCACUGCUGCUUCAGUACAUGCCCAAUGGUAGCUUGGAGACAUGCUUGCACACUGAAAAUAGUGAACCACUAGGAUUCAUCAAGAGACUGGACAUUAUGCUUGGCGUGUCGGAGGCAAUGGAGUAUCUGCACCAUCAUCACUGUGAUGAGGUUGUCCUACACCGCGACCUGAAGCCUAGCAAUGUGCUGUUUGACGAGGACAUGAAGGCGCAUGUUGCCGACUUUGGCAUUGCGAAGUUAUUAGGCGAUGACAACUCCAUGGUCUCAGCGAGUCUGCCAGGGACAAUUGGGUACAUGGCCCCAGAGCUUGCGUACAUGGGGAAGGCGUCACGGAAGAGCAACGUGUUCAGCUUUGGGAUCAUGCUGCUCGAAGUCUUCACCGGCAAGAGGCCCACAAGCCCCGUGUUCCUUGGAGAAUCCAGCCUCAGGCAGUGGGUUUCGCGAGCAUUUCCAGCAAGGCUCGUCGAUGUUGUUGACGAGAAGCUGCUGCAAGGUGAAGAGAUGAACAGGCGCGGCUUUCACCACGAAACCAAUACUACUACAUCGACAUUGCCUUCCACUGCCCGCAAGGGCGACUUUCUUGUGUCGACAUUCGAGCUGGGCCUGGACUGUUGGGCCGACUCUAGUGACCAGAGGCCGAGCAUGAGCGAUGUGGUCGCUAGGCUGAGGAACAUCAAGAAGGAUUGCUCUGCUUCCGUGGCAGCGAAGAAAGGGUCUCAGCAGCAUUGA